UCUCUCAACUGACUUUACUAAACACAAAUGUGUUCAUACAUGAGAAAGUCAUAUCACUGUGAUAUCCAUUGUAAAUCAUUCUAUAUAACUGGUGCUUUGAAUAGACACAAACAUAUUCAUACACAAAGGAGGCCAUACCAUUGUGAUAUCGGUAGUAAAUCAUUCUAUAUAACUGGUGCUUUGAAUAGACACAAACAUAUUCAUACACAAAGGAGGCCAUACCAUUGUGAUAUCGGUAGUAAAUCAUUCUAUAUAACUGGUGCCUUGAAUAGACACAAACAUAUUCAUACACAAAGGAGGCCAUACCAUUGUGAUAUCGGUAGUAAAUCAUUCUAUAUAACUGGUGCCUUGAAUAGACACAAACAUAUUCAUACACAAAGGAGGCCAUACCAUUGUGAUAUCGGUAGUAAAUCAUUCUAUAUAACUGGUGCUUUGAAUAGACACAAACAUAUUCAUACACAAAGGAGGCCAUACCAUUGUGAUAUCUGUGGUAUAUCAUUCUGUAAUUUAAAUACCUUAGUUACAAACAUAUUCAUACAAGAAAUCAAUAUAGCUGUGAUAUCCGUGGUAAAUCAUUCACGUGAAGGUUUCAUUUGUGCUGUAUCCUUUUCUCAAGCAAACGUUUUACAUUCUCACAAAUGUGUUCAGACAGGAGGAAAGUCACAGCAUUGUGAUGUCUCUGAGAAAUCAUUCCCUGACAAAAUGGAAUUAUCUCCCCAUUUAGCUAUUCACUUAGGAAGUACAACUGUAUUAUUGGUCCAAAUUCGUUACCUCACACAAUGAUAAACCUCUCAAGACAAUUUUUUUAUUCGCUGAAGCAAUAUCUACCCUCGACUCUUCCUAAUCACUCAUCUCAUUUUGUUUCCCCAUUUUGAAAUAAUCUUUUAAAGCUAAAUGCUUUUCCUGAUGCCAGCCGUUUAAUCACCUUUUACAUUCCAUAGGCAGGGCAUGCCAUACAUGUGCUGUAAAACCAAGAUGCAGUGUUUGUCACAGUUCAUUCUAUGAUAACUUAUAUAAUCAUCAAUGCAUUCUCAAAGGAAACAAAAUAUAAUGCUAUUAUUUUACAUAUAACUACUACUGUGUCGACAUAAUUGUGGUAACUUACUGCUGUAGUAUUUCUAAUAAAAAUCCUUUAUUCACUA